AUGCAAACCUCUGUGGCCCUUCUCUAUGUCGCUCUCGUCGCAGCUCCUGGGUGCUCAAGUCUUCCCACAAAGGGGGACUCCAUCAGAAAUACCAUUAACAGCAUAGUAAACAUAGCUCAGAUAACCCUGGUCCACAUUAAGAAACUAAGGACAAAGUUGCCGGUGGCUCCACGGAUAGAAUUCUGCGCUCCGUCCAUUGAGGGACUAACAAGUAUCAGUCAUGAUCUUGGGCUUUUGGACAAUGAACUGCAGAACCCUCUCACAGAGCUCCUCAGCCAGAUCCAGGCUGAUGUCUCCAGCUUGGAGGGAAGGGUGCGCUCCCUCGCCGUGACAGUGGACUGCCCCGUCCGAGCCAGACCCGCAGGAGAGACCGGCAACAGUUUGUUCCCCGACAGUCACCUUCACCUGACUCUGACGAAGGUGCAGCGCUACCUGGAUAAGCUUCUUCUCAACAAGGACAAACUCAAGGUCUGCUGA